GAGGGCUGAAGGAGGAAGGAUGUAGACAGUGGAGGAGAGGAGAAAUGCUCUUUUAACCUCUUUCCCAUACAAGGGGAGGCAGGGGAAGAGGAGGGGGAGGAGAAAGCCACAGAAAGAGGUGGGCGACAGUGGGAGACAGCGAUGAGAGAGAGAGAGAAGGGAGGGAUAAAGCCGGUAAAAGUUGAUAAGGUUGCGCCAGUGACAGCUUAGGCGACACGUGGAGCUUGCGUCCUCGCAGAGGUAUCGAACCGGCCACCGGGCAGCAGCGUGUCUCAGCCACUUAUUGAUUUGAAGCAACACAGAGCAGACGGGACAGUGGCUGUUAAGGAAAACCUCUGACUCCAGCUGGUGAACUUUCAUUAACCCACAUUGCUGAAAAUCCAGAUGAUGUCAUCACAACAACUGAAGAAUGCUUGGCUGUGGCCGCUUCUAGUCGUGCUUUUGAAGCUGUGCCUCACUUUUGCUGAUCCUCUGCGGCCACUCAACGGGAGCGAAUGCGCAGCCAAAGGCCCUGCUUCCUACAUUGUGGUAUUUACGGGCCACUGGAGUCCACAGGCCUUCCCAAAGCAGUAUCCAUUGUUCAGGCCUCCUGCACAGUGGUCCAAACUCAUAGCGGUGAGCCAUAAUCGCCAUUUUCGGCUCUGGGAGGAGGGCGCUAAGGCCAGCGAAGGGGUGCAGAACUUUGCCGAAGUUGGCGUGACGGUGGAGCUGAUGAAGUCGGCCAAAGAGGCAAGGAGGAGACGCUCGGUCGGCACCAUGUACCGGACGGCCGGCAUCCCAAACGGAAUCGGGCACAGCUCCACGGAGUUGCUCAUGCUUCCCAGGAACUCACUGCUGUCUCUGAUGGUGAAGAUGAUCCCCAGCCCUGACUGGUUUGUCGGCGUGGACAGCCUAAACCUUUGCGAGGGCGGUCACUGGAAACAGGACGUGACCAUUGACCUGCAACCUUAUGACGCCGGGACCGACAGCGGGUUCACUUUCUCCUCCCCUAACUUUCCCACCAGUCCUCCAGAAAACAUCUCAAAGAUCACCUCUCAGAUGCCAAACCACCCCGCCAACUCCUUCUACUAUCCACGCCUGAAUGAACUUCCACCCAUUGCCAGCAUAAAGAUCACACGGCAGAGCAGAUCUCUUCACCGCCAAGUACCCAUGUCCAAUCACAUCCUCCCAAACUCCAUCACUCCUCAGAGAUUCUCAGUAACUCCACUCGACUGUGAAGUGUCUCUCUGGUCAUCCUGGGGCUUGUGUCUGGGGCCCUGCUCCAAAGGCGGCGUCCGCCAUCGCACACGCUACAUCCUUCUACGGCCGGCCAAUGCAGGCGAUCCUUGCCCUGAGCUGGAGGAACAAGCUGAGUGCCUACCGCACAGAUGCGUGAAGAAGCGCCACUAACCCACAGAUCACGGUUGCUGCCAGUAUUCAACACUGGGACUCAUGGUAUUACUGCUGGACUGAGAAACUUUUUUGCAUUAUUCCCUUGGUAAUGCAAAGGAUUUUCCUCCCUGUCAAGACUGCAUUUAUUGUGUUGCCUAUUAGUUUUAGUGUGUAGUUCUCCCUUGAUGGCAAAUGUAGCAGAGUGUUGGACCAAUGGUGAAAAACAACAACAAAUAAAAAUAAAAAAAACUUCAUGUGAGGUGUUGUUGCUGAGGUGAGUAAAAGUUAAAUGAAUUCAAGUGAGUCCUCUGUAACCUCCAUCAAGUCAGUCAAGUGCCUGCCCACAGUCGCUCUAUUACGCACACAGCAAACUCUUUUCACUGACCACUGGCCACAUACAGCACUUUCCAAAAUAACCUCACGCCCCAACUGAUGAACAUGAAUAACGGCUUAAAACAUCCAUCCAGCCAGUAAAGAAGCUUAUUUGUUUUAAAACAAGAUGCCAUUUUUAAAGGGAAUAUUUAUACGUUGUUCUAUUUUGGUUAUUUUAAUGUUAACGUUUUGUAUAUACCGUAUUCUAACUCAUGUAUUACUCAUGAAUAAACGUGAAGUGUUUUUCACAAUAG